AUGCUCGCUCCUCUCCUCUUCUCCCUGCUCGCCUCGCUCGCUGCUGCCGCCCCCACUGCGCGCUGGCAGGACUCGAUCGGCGCCAGCUACUUCCAGACCAACGGCCUCGCUGGCAACCAGCUCGUCGCCAACUACAUCGAGCCCUCGGGCAAGCUUGUCGCCGGCUCGGCCGUCUGGACCGGCGGUAACGGCUCGGCGACCAUCAACAUGCCUGGCCCCGAGGUGAACCACCCCGACCCCCUCGUCUCGUCCAACUCGGUCAUCGUGGUCGGCAAGCAGGUCCUCAACGUCAACUCGGGCUCCAACACCUUCAGCGUGUUCGACAUUGACGCGGCCGACCCCGCCAACCCCAAGCUCGCCGGCACGUUCCCCUCGUACGGCGAGUUCCCCAACUCGCUCGGUGCGAGCGCCGACGGCAAGACCCUCUGUGUCCUCAACGCCGGCAAGGUGAACGGCUUUGCUUGUUACGAGGCUGGUGCUAGCGGCUGGUCGCACAUGGCCGGCUGGGACCGCACCUUCGGCUUCAACCUCACCACCCCGCCCAUGAACCUCCCCGGUACCCCUUCGUCCAUCACCUUCGCCCGCGACGGCUCGGCCCUCCACGUCGCCAUCAAGGGUAUCCCUCCCCCCGCCAACUCGACCGCCCAGCUCCAGCCGGGCUCGAUCUACACGUACGCCAUCACCGGCUCGACCCUCGCCGCCGAGCCCACCAAGACGCCUGCUCAGCUGCCCUUCGCGCUUGUUGAGGACUCUGUCAACCCCGGCGUGUUCGUCUCGCCCGACCCCGCUUCGGGCUUCGAGGUGUUCCGCUUCGGCGCCAACCCCUCUGCCGUCCCUGGCACUCUUGACGGCGAGAUGGCCGUCUGCUGGACCGCCCAGUCGGAGCUCACCAAAAGCUUCUUCCUCGUCGACGCCGUCACCAGCAACGUGACUGAGAUCUCGGUCGACCCCACCACCCUCAAGGGCACUGUGAAGUCGCACCACCACCUCGGCACCAACGCGGCCAUCACCGACGUCGCGAUCGGCCACCGCGGCACCUACGACCUCAUGUACGUCCUCGUGCCGUCUUACCGCGCCAUCCGCGCGUUCAAGAUCACCGCCCCUGGCAAGUUCAAGUUCUUCCAGCACUUUGAGCGCUACGACCUUCCCCAGGGCACUGAGCUGUCCAAGGGCUUCAACGGCCAGGCCCUCUUCUGGAAGUAA